GCCAAAAACACCAGAAGAAGAAGAUCGAAACAAGCAUGGCCGGGAAUCUGAACAACGCAGCGACACCAAUAACAAGUUCUCUGGCUAAACUCCAGUCUUUAAACGGAUUGUUCGCCAUAUAUAAGAAACAAGGACCGACAUCUGCUGAUGUGUUAAAUGCGCUGAAAGAGGCAUUGCUGAUAGAGGCUGGAGUCCCGACCUCAAACAGCAGAAAGAGGAAGAAGCAGUGGCUGAAGAUGGGCCACGGAGGGACCCUGGACAGUGCUGCUAGUGGGGUCUUAGUUAUUGGUGUUGGGAACGGAACCAAAAUGCUGAGCACAAUGUUGACUGGUUCCAAGAAAUACGUGGCUGUGGGGGAGCUGGGAAAAGCAACAGAUACUCUUGAUGCCACUGGAACAGUGAUUAUGGAGAAAGAGUUUGUGCACAUCAGCAGGCUGGACAUGGAGGAGAAGCUAAAAGCUUUUACUGGAGACAUCAUGCAGGUUCCUCCACUCUACUCCGCCCUGAAAAAAGAUGGCCAGCGUCUGUCUGUCUUGUUGAAAAAAGGUCACCAAGUUGAGGCCAAACCUGCACGGCCUGUCACUGUGUUCAGCCUGACGCUGCAGGAGUUUAAACCUCCUCUAUUCUCUCUAGAUAUUGAAUGUGGUGGUGGAUUCUAUGUCAGAAGCUUGAUAGAUGACCUAGGAAAAGCGCUGUCCUCAUGUGCUCAUGUGAAGGAGCUGAUCAGGACAAAGCAAAGCCAGUUCACCCUGCAGGAUCAUGUGUUGCACGAGGAGCAGUGGACACUGGAGUACAUCCAUGGGGCUCUACAGCCCUGUUCAGAGGGGGACCAGAGGUCGGACUAUCCAAAAUCACCCCUGACUGGUACCUAAUAGCUGCCAGGAGAGAAAAGGAAGAGCCCAGGUGUUUGUUGGUGCCAUCAUCUACCUUCUUUGUCCUCUCAAGAGAUCGGCUGUAAACGUAUUAGAUCAUUUGUUUAGGAAGUGGUGGUGACUGACAGGAAAAUAAAAUCCCCAAUGUUUUCUUGGAAGUCAGUUGACCAGUAUAUCUGAACUGGGCUGGUUCUGCUGUUGAUGGUUAGUUGGAGAACUAUUCAUUUCACAGAACCAUGUAAAUGAUGUUUAAAGAUUGGCUUGCUGUAAUAUAUAUGUUUCCAUUUGGAGUUGACUGUAAUCAUUUUUGAAUAUCAGCACCACCCAUAUUUGAAUCACACACAUUUAGGCAGAGUCUUGGUCUUGUUUAGGUUCUAGACGUGUUGGACCUGCGAUUUUCUUCCGAAGACCAGGCAAGAACACCGCCACAUCAUUUUUACCUCCAUGUUUGUGUAAAACUCCUGGCUAUGUUCAAAUGCUACCAAUAAACUUUGUUUUCUUGUCUCCAUGCA